GUCAUAACUGCGCGCUAUCAACGCUAUUCCUUCCGAGGUAGUGUGUUGGUAGCGUUAGCGUUUACGAGCUCCGUGAACGCUGUAAAUUGUGUAAAAUUGUCUAACCAUUAUUUGAAAUCUAUUGAACGGCAGCGAUAUAUUAAUAUUUAUUACAUAUGUACAAUGGAUAAUUCCAUCGAAAUAACUCUAAAAGAUGCUGAAACUGAAGAAGAGUUCAAGUUACGACUUUCACCGACUAGUGCUUUUAAAGCAGAAACCGAUUUGAAUUUUGCGACUACAUUAUUGAAUGUUGCACGUCAAGGUGCAUGCUUUGGUCAAAACAGUGCAUGUUCUGAAACUGAGCAUAUGCAGACUACAAUAUCAUAUGAUACUCCGUUGGAGGAAGCAUCUGGUUACCAGAUUCUGAUGAUAUAUAUAUAUAUAUGUUACCUUCUCAGGAACAAUCUCAAAGAGAAACGAAAGAGGAAAUGAGAGAAGAUCCAUUGUUUGAAAACAAGGAAAAAUGUCUGGUCUGGAUGGAGGUAAAAAGAAGCCCUUGAAGGCACCAAAGAAGGAAUCGAAAGUUUUAGAUGAUCAGGAUGUAGCAUUUAAACAAAAGCAGAAGGAACAGCAAAAAGCAUUAGCAGAAGCAGCGAAGAAAGCCAGUCAAAAAGGCCCAUUAGUUAUUGGUAGUAUAAAGAAAUCUGGAAAGAAAUGAUCUCAUGUAGCAGUGGGUGAAAUUUGUGAUUUACUGUGCACAUGAUGAUUACAACAAUAAUUAUGGAUUGAUUAAUUGUUAUAUAAGACAACUUUUUUUUAUGGUUUUUAAUUUUGAGAAAUCUUUAAACUUGUAAAUAAA